UCAAACAGUUUCUUGAACAGAUAGUUUCAUUUUCGGCUCUUCGAAAAUACAACUUUUUUGGCUACAUUCGAAACUUCAUUCGAAAAUGUCAGUUCCACUACGAUUAGGAACAUCGCUGGCAUCUAAUGAGCUCCUAAAAAAAAUACCAAAUGUAAGUCCGAUGAUUCACCGGUGUUUCAACUACCGUAAGGAUUGCGGUAAAUUUAGAGAACCGAAAUGUCAUCCAAAAACUCUGAAGGAAUCUAAAUGCGCUAAAGACAAAGCUAAAAGAGAAGCACUAGCUAAAAAAGAUGCGCUUGGAUUUCCAUAUUAUCAUUUAAUAUAUAAUCCAAUAUGUUGUAACGAGAUAUGCCCUGAGCCAUUUCCGCGAUUCGACGACUUAUAUUAUGUGGAAUCUGAUAAAUUGAAACGUAAAUAUCCAAGAACUUGGAAGGAAUGCCUUAAUUAUCCAGAAAAACGCAGACCAGUUUGUGAUUGGCGAAAAGCAAAAGCUAUUCCAUAUGAUAAACGCGUAAGGAAACCACAUGGAGAACCUUGUGAUUGUGGUAUUGUUAUUGAAAAAGCGGAAAAGUGUAAAAAGAUUGUCUCGAAAGGUUGUAAACCUGUUAAAGAUCCGCCUAGCUGUGCACUGGCAAGAAAACCAACAGAUUGUAAAAAAAUUUGCACACAAUAUCCAAGCUUCUCUGAGUGCCAGAAACCUCCAUUUAAGAAAGCUCGAAUAGUAGAAUGUGAUUGCCUAAAAAGUCAAUCGUUGUGCACCCUAUUUCGUUUGCUGAAAAACAAGAAAAAGUACAAGAACAGAGUUACCGUUCAAUAAACAUGUUCCUAAAAAGCUCGACAAUAUACUGCUGAUGGCUUCAAAAUCGAUUUCCGUAGAUGUUAUCAACAAUCGUCAUAAUCAACAGUAUUGAUGCUUGGAAUACAUGGACGUAUUUUCAGUGGACGUUUCCGUCUGGGGUACUCUAAGAUCAGGGCCGAUU